GCCCAGUCCAGGACAAGAAGCGAGUCCCGCUGGCGACCACCACUGCACUGGCUGCCGCGGCGCCCGACGUGUCUGGUGAGUCUCCACGUACUCCUGCCAUCAACGUACGGUUGUUCAGCAGACUGCAAGUUUGGUGAGGUUAUUUUGACAGAAAAGUUCCUUACUUGUCGCGACACCUGAGACAUUACGCCAUGUUCUGCAGAAGCUUUAGUUGGUUCAUCCGCAUUUUUGUGGCGGUAGUCAUAUCUACUGGCUGCAGCCACCCAAUUUCUGUUACAGAAUUCUAUACAGAAGUCACCGCACAUAGUUUAACAACCAACAAAGAAUCCCUCACAGUGGGACGAGUUCAGGCGGCUGAGGAGGCCACGGCCGAGGAUCUGGGCGCUCUGCUGGACGCAGGGGACGGCGCUGUGGUGACUCUGCUGGCCGGAGACACGCGGCUCGUGGCUCACAGGGCUGUCUUGGCCGCCAGGAGUCCCGUGUUUGCGGACAUGUUCCGUCGCGUCACUGUAGAGGGCAGCAGCAACCAGCUCGUACACUCGGACACAGAGGGUCCUGUGAUGCGCCAGGUGCUGGCAUACCUCUACACCCUGCAGGUGCCCCAGCUGCCCAGCAUGGCCCCAAAGCUGCUGGUCGCCGCCGACAAAUACGGCUUGUCGGUACUGAAGGCGCAUUGCGAGCAACAGGUGGCCUCACAGCUGUCUGUCGAGACUGCGGCAGCCACAGGUGUUCUCGCGAUUAGACACUCUGCUAACAGGCUGAAGCAGGCCGCCAUCGUCUUCAUAAAGUCCCACUUGCUCCACGUGGUCGCGACGCAGGGCUGGGGUGAGGCUGUAGUCAACGACCCACAAACUGUUGUGCAGUUGACUCACCUGAUUGCAGAGACGCCAACAGACACCAGCACGCCGAGCACUGGAGAGGGCAGGACCGGCCCCUCCCCGCAGCCGCAAAGUGGCCACAGCGACGACGGCCGGAGCCCAGCCACAGCUGUGGCCCCCACCACUCCCCAGACGACUCCACAGCCGGAUGACGCCGCCGUUUCUCUCCUGCGGGAUCUUUCUGGAGAAGAGAAGGACCAGAUGCUAAUCGUGGCAGCUAAGGAGGGGUCAGUGAGCAAGGUGCGAACUUUGCUGGCAGUAGGGGCCGACGUGGAGGCGAAGGACGACGACAAGCGGACACCACUGCACUGGGCAGCAAUCAGGGGACACGUGGAGGUGGCGAGGUGUCUGCUGGAGGAUGGAGCAGAUGUCAACACCAGGGACAAUUGGCAGAACACGCCUCUGCAUCAGGCUGCAUGGAAUGACAAUGCGGCUGUGGUGCGGCUCCUGGCGGCAUCCUCUGCCGACCCCAACGCCAGGGAUAGCGAUGGGGGGACACCACUGCACGAUGCGGCAUGGCGUGGACACGCAGAUGCGGCGACUGCACUACUGGAGGCAGGGGCUGACAGGGAAGUCAGGAAUGACGAUGCGGACACCCCGCUGGACCUAGCCGAGCGGAACAACCACCAGCAGCUCACAUACAUCCUAGGAUCAAGUUCAGUGUAAUGCAAACGAAUCUGGAGUAAAUAAAGCUUUUUAUGCGA